UUAUUUUUAUCAUUAAAUUUAAAUUUGAGUCUUUUGAUGUGAUUGUUCAAGUAUGAACAUUUGUUGAGUUUGGCAUGUGUAGCCACAAAAUGAACCCCAAAAUUACGGCGGGCAGGCUAAUCCCCCGUCUUAUUUGUUGUGUCGAGGAGAAAUAAAAUGUGGUUUGGAGAGUUUUGAAUUAAAACGUCGUCUUAGAUCAUAACGAGAGCAUUGCCAUUGUCCAAAAAUCCUCUCUUCUCCUAUUUCAUUAAUUGUGGCUCACCAAACACAAAAUUAAUUAGCGGCGCUGAUUAUUGUUCAAAAAGGGCAGCAAAAUCUCGUCCUGGAUUAUUACAUGCACCGGAGAAUAUAUAGGACAGAUAGUGAUGUAUUAGUGUGGAGAAGACGAUGAUGAUGACGAGGCAGGUGGUGAAGGUGGAAAGAGAGAAGCUAGAGACAUGCAUGACGUGUCCUCUUUGUCAUAAACUCUUUAGAGACGCUACUACCAUCUCUGAAUGUCUCCACACCUUUUGCAGAAAAUGCAUAUACAAGAAGAUAAAUGAUGAAGAAUUUGGUACUUGUCCCACGUGUAAUAUCAAUUUAGGGUGUGCUCCUCUUGAAAAGCUCAGGGCAGAUCACAGUUUAGAUGAUCUAAAGACCAAAUUUUUCCCUUCCAAGAAAAAGAAGACUAAGGCACCGGCAGUUGUGCUCUCUGUUCCGAAAGAUGUGCCUUUAAUACCGUUACCUGCGAAACGGAAGGAGAUCUCUCUUUCUUCAUUGGUGGUGAGCUUACCUAAAGUAUCAUCAAUCCCUGCUUUGCCGAGAAAGAGAUUGAAAGCUAUUGCCAGGAAGAAUCCGGCUUUGCGAGAAUCUAUUCUCAUAGAGGAAUCUGUUAAGAAAGUUGAUGAUUUGCAUGAGAGGUCAACCUCCCCGGAGACUCUAACCAAAUCUAUUCUGAAUGAAGAUAAGCCCCGGAAAGACAAUGUAGAUGAUCAACCUGAACCAUGUGAAAGCAAAGCUGAUACAUGGAAUACUUUAAAGCCUGAUAUGUCAAAUCCACAAGACACUCUUGUCAAAAUGCAGCUGCCUGAUCCCACAGAGGAUGAACUUGAUGAAGAAUUCAAAAAUGGAGAUUAUAGUGACAAAUUGCAGGGUGAAGAUAAUGAAGAUGAUGGUUACAGAUGGAAGGUAAAUGGUGAUGAGAAUGACUCUAGUCCGUCACCAUCAAGUUCAGUUAAAGCUCCAAAGGUGCAAGGCGUACAGCAAAAGACAGCAGCUGAGCCUGAGGGGCUGACCGUUUCAGCAAAUGCUGAUAUUGAUGCAAGCUGUUAUUGUGGUAGACAAUUUAGUCCACUAUGGUUCUCAUUAGUUGCAUCAAAUGAUCAGGUAGAAGAUGCACCUUUGCCGCAGAUAACUUCAUGCUACUUGAGAGUCAAAGAUGGCAGUUUACCUGUUUCGACUAUUAAAAAGUAUCUGGUGCGGAAAUUGGGGCUCACCAGUGAAGCUGAGGUAGAGAUAUCGCUACGGGGUAAGCCGGUGGUUUCAACAGCGCUGCUGCAUGACAUAGUAGACUGGUGGUUGAAGAUGACACCGUCAUCUGAAAUAAUACAAACAAGCGUUGGUACCUCAGCUAAAGAUUUCGUUAUGGUUUUAUCUUAUGGCCGAAAAGCUCAGUCUUUAUGAAAUUGGCUGUUUAUUUCAAUGGUGAUAUUGAUUUUAAAUCAUAUAGUCUGAGAAGAGAACAAUACUGUUUUUGGCUAGCAUUAAGCUGCAUGUAGAAAAUUCAAAUUUUAAUACUUUGUUAAUCAAGCAAAUUUUAGGAUUUUAGAA